AGCACGUUUGCUGGUUGCUUUAUGCCUGCUGCACAGUUUCCCACAUAGACCUGUGCUAAAGAUGCUGUCACGAAAUCUUGUAAUUGCUUCAGUGGCUGUUGUGUUUCUGGCGUCCACCGUAUCUGCGGCUCCAGUUGAAGAUAAGGAGCCUGAGGAAAAUGACUUUGAGGCUGAAGAGGGUGAAGAAGAACUGUCAGAGGAGGAAGAGGAUGAUGAUGACUCCAAAGGUCAGCAUAUGAAGGGAGCCGGAUCGCAGCAGGCCACUGCAGCACCCAAAGGCUUGGGUAUGACUCCUGGCAGCGCCGCCGCGGGCGAAUCCCCAAACGGUCAGAAGCUUAAUGGUGGCACUCAAACUGGCCAAGUCUCAUCAGGCAGCACGUCGACAGCUUCAAAUGGAGCAAACGGAAGCAACGGAAGAGACGGGUACUCUCGCCCAUCUGGCUCUAGUUCUCAUGAUGCAAGUUAUGGUGGACAAGAUGGGUCCAAAUCAGAGAUAGUUCCUCCAGGUGUAGGAACUGGAGGAGAAGGUGCUAAUGGAGGUUCAGGAUCUAAAGUCCCUGGCACAGACGGGGGAGUCCAUUCAGUGUCCAUUACUGUUGUGUCAUCAGGUCAAGGGUCAUCAGGCCACAUAGCAGCAGGUCAUGGGUCUACAAUGAUAUCCAGCCACGCUUUUGGCCGGCCUUCAGCAGGACAGAUGUCAGACGGUGUGGCUGUAGUUUCCUCUGAGGUCCAAUCACAGCCUGCAGGGUCAGAGGGAUUGGCUCCACAUACAGAUGGCUCACAGUAUGAAAAUGGUGAAACGGCUCAUGAUGGAUCUCAAAUAGAGUCUCCAGAAAUCCCUGAGAUAGAAUCUAACGGCAAUGGUCACAAACAGCUUCUAAAUGGAGGAGAAACAGGACUUACAGGCUUGGAUCAUUUCAUGGCAGGCACAUCUCAAAUACAAGGAACAGGUGGUUUUGAUUCAUUUGGCACAAGCCCUCACCUGGAAAUUACAGGCAUAAUAGAUCAGUCAAGCCAUGACUUUCUUGUUGGCUUAAUGGGUGGAAUAGGAGAGAGCUUUGGUCCAGACACCCAAACGGACGGGCUAGAUCACAUGGGACUCGCAUUUCAGGUGGAUUCGGCAGGCGCUGGCCUGAGUCCAGGGCACCCGUCCAGUGGCGGUCCGGUUCUAGACGCUCCUCCAGACUCUCCAGGACCAGAUUACCUGUCUGUUGACAACGGGAAUGGUGAUUAUGCUCAUUCAAUCAGCACGGCUGAUAAUGGAGCCCAGCCAAAGUCACCAGCUGAUACAACAGAUUCCUCAUUAGUCUUUGACGCAAUGUCACAUCCGGGACAUUCCUUCUUAGAUUAUUCAGAUGGUGGGGCAGAUAAUAAUGGUGCAGAUUUACCUGAUACAAACGGAAAUGGAAACGGUCGGCACAAACCCGUAGUAGACAUACAGAAAGGUGACCCUCCAGGCGUUCAUCUCGACAUCAGCGGAACAGGUCAUCAGGGCGCCGCAACGGAGAUGCAUCACACAGCUGUUGGCGCUCUUGAUCAAAGUGACCAUACUCUCAGCCCUUACCUUGACACGACUGGAUUUGACGGUGUCGCCGGUGCAAGCAUGCAGACAGAUAUGGCAGGUGCAGCAGGAAAUCCAGUGACUGACGGACAAAUUCAAACAGACGUGACAGGGCAGGGACACUUAGCUGUGACGGAUGGCGUGCCGAAUUACACAGCGUGUGUUUCUAAAAAGCAGAUUCUGCGCGUGCGACCGGGACUGGAUUCACAGAUGCCUCAGAGACACAUAGUAGCAUGGUUCAGACAGACUUACCAGUCACAGGGGAUCCAUUCACAGGGGUUUCCUCACAGACAGAUGCCAUGGGCACAGCUACAGCUGAACCUCAAGGGACUCUCGGGAGUCCAAGCCAACCUGGUGCUACGGAACAGACACAGCCAGCUGUAUCAGCAGGUGAACAGUACCACACAUCUGGUCAGGGUCCUGAAGGUGCAGAAAAUGUGGAACUGGAAGAUACCUGCUGAUUUCCACAUGAAGCCGAGAGUGAGGUUUCUGCGCUACAGAUUUCAGUGCACAGACCAGAACGCCUGGCAGAGGAACCCUGAACCCGCCCGCUAGACUUUAGCUCUCCUUUGUGUGUGUGUCCGGUUGUUUUAUUUUUGACUAUUUAAACAUUCAGAGGAUACUGUAACUUAACUUUUUAUUGCGCCUGUUUAUAAAAAAUGCCCUGUAAGUAUUUUAUUCAUUGGUACGACGGAAGAAAAAAAAAACAAUAGCAGGAGUCAAAUGAAAGAGAAAGCGAAAAAUCACCAUUCAAAACGCAUUUGCUGUGUAAAUUUAACGGUCGUUUCCCCCAUAAAUGUCGCUAACGUUACUGUAUUUUCUUGCCUAGAUGUUGAAGCAAUAUUCUUUACCAAUGUCACAGAUUGUAUAUUGCUGAAUGUAUGUCAUUUGAUGAUAAUCUUUACAUUAAAUUGAACAUCUAUUUUGAACAUCA